UUCGUAGUGACGAGGAUGGUGGGUAUUACAGAUUAUUUGGGUUUUCCUUUGGCUAUUCAAUUCUGGUUUUUCGAGUGUUGCCCGUAUGUUAUUGGGAAACUAUCCUUGUACUCAAAUGUUGGCAUUCCAAGGAUUUUGAAUUGGCCUAAAUUACCCAAGGACAAGGAGGGUAUGGUGAAAAUGGAUGUCAUGAACACCCUCAUUUUCGAUCGGUCUUUGAAAGAGUUAAAAUUAAGAAACCUCACUCCAACUUCCGUUGAGAGAUUGAGUUUGAGCCUCACUGAUUUUUUCUCUGGUGAGACUACUCCCGAGGCUGUGAAAUUCAAAAUUAAAGGUGGUUCCAAGCCCGCCGGUCAACUCGGCUUCGAUGGGUUCUUCUUCAUCAACCGCUCAUGA